UAAACAUCUCUCAAGAUUUCAACAACAAAUCAGUUAACUUUAAAGUUUGUGAUACAUCAAGAUUUAUUGUGAUUUACGUGCCAAUAGUUAUAAAAAAAAAUUGUGGUGACGAAAUAAAAAACAAACGAAAAUAUUUUCGAUUUUCAUUAUAAAUCUGUGAGAAACAAAUAAAUAAAAAUGUUCAUCAAAACGACGAUUUUUCUGUGCCUCGUUGCAUUAUUCAUUGGAUUUGAAGCGAGACCAAUCAAAUCUCCAAAUGUUUUCAAAUUGGAGGUUUCACAUAGUGAUAUCGAUGAAGGUGUUGCCAUUGAAUUGACUAGCAAACAUAACAACCGAAAAACUAUGGAAUUUGUAAAUCAUCGUCCAGAAUUGAUGAAUCAGCUAAAUCGAAAGCCAACUCGAUUCAAUAAAAAACAACAACGUAACAAACGUCGCAUUCAACGAAAAAAAUUAGCACAAACUCAAGCAAAAAUGUUGAGAGCAUUGACAUCACAAAAGGACGAAACAAAUAAUGAUUUGGAUAUGACAAUUCAAAACAGCAACGAAAAAAUUGUAAUGCGAAACAAGAGAAGUGUGCCAUUGAAGGAUGUAGCUGGAAGAAAGGAAUUACAAAUUGAAGAUUUGAGACGAUUCAGCGAAGACACCGAAGCCAUUGAUGAAGGUGAUGAGUACAGCGAUGAUGAUGAAGAAGAAAAAGGAGAUAAUGUUAAAGUAACAGAGAAAAAAGAUGAAAAAGUAAAAUCAACAAAAAAGGACACCAAAGUCGACAGCAAAACUACACAAAAAGCAAACUCACGCCGCGCAACACAAAAUAAGAAACCCGACGGUUAUCGUAAUUAUGCAUUCGACACAGCUGAUUUGGAUCAAUUAAGUGAAGAUGAUGACUUACUCCAAAGAUACUACGGCCGUCAUCCAGCCGUUCGACGUGCUGCCUACGAUAACUAUGGAUCGUUUACAGAUAUUAUGCAAAUGUCACAAUCCGAAACUGAACACGACAAUCGAUUCACGAAACGAUUGCACUAUGGCACCAACGACAACUUUUUAAACGAUGAAGCCAAAAACGAAUCCAAUGAAGACACCAACGAUAUAUACGAUGAAUAUGAUAGUUAUGAUGACGAUUAUUGAUUUUAGGAAUAAAAAACCGAAAUGAUUAACUAUUUGUUUGUCGGACCGCUCAAAACAAUGAGCAUAUCUGGUAGCUACAAGCCAACAUUCAGUUUUCAACGUGGAAAGUAAAAUAUUAGAAAAGUGCAACAAAUAUCUCCAAAUUGCGAUAGACAGCAGUUACGAUAUGUGUAAAUAGGUUUGUGUUCGUUUUGAUAUAGAGAACGCAUUUUAGUUUUUUAAGUUAAUCUAAA